UUAUGGAGUAGAUGGAGAUACAUUGGAGGAAUCCUCAACCUUCCACUUCCGAAAGUUGAGGAGAUACCACUGGGUUAUAUUUCAUAUACUAUUGAAAUGUCGCAGCUUCCUGAUUCCGAUAUUUUUGCGGGAUAUGAUUCACUUCAAAUGGCAUGCCUGGAACAAAUAAAUGCUGCUGCAAAUGUCUCAAGGCUUAUUGCAGAACAAAAGAAAAGUGCUGAUGAGAAUGUCUCGAGGCUGGUUGAAGAGCAAAAGAGGGAGAAAGAGGAGGCUAUUAGUAAGAUACUUAACUUAGAAAAACAGCUGGAUGCUAAACAGAAACUAGAGACGGAAAAUGAAGAGCUAAAAAGAAAACUAAAGAGGGAAAAGGAGGAAGCUUUGAGUAAGAUACUUGCAUUGGAAUAUAAGCUCGACUCUAAAAAUAAACUGGAGAUGGUAAUUGUAGAGCUAAAAGAGGAUCUGAAUUUGAUGAAAAAACACCUGAGAGAUGAAGAUGAUGCAGCAGUUCAAAAGAAGAUGAAAGAUAUGAUUGAAGAACUGGAGCAGAAAGUUGAUGAAAUGAAUGAUUUGGAAAAUCUGAAUCAAUGUCUUAUUAUCAGAGAGUGCCAAAUUAAUGAUGAGCUGAUAGAAGCUCGUAAUGAAUUGAUUGUGGCCUGGAACGAUAUGUGGACUAUUGGUAACAACACCCUAAUUGGGAUAAAGAGAGUGGGAGAAGUAGAUGUGAAGCCUUUUCAGAACACAUGCAAGCUAAAAUUUCCACCUGAAGAAGCACAAAUCAAGGCCUCAGAGCAAUGCUCCCUAUGGCAGGAAAAACUAAAAGACCCAGAAUGGCAUCCUUUUGAAGUAGUGUUUUAUAAGGGAAUACAUCAGGAAGUAAUAGAUCACGAUGAUGCGAUGCUGCGAAAUCUCAAGGAGGAAUGGGGAGAUGACAUAUAUGAGGCAGUCACAACAGCCUUGAAGGAGAUGAACGAAUAUAACCCCGGUGAGAGGAAUGUGGUUUCUGAGCUAUGCAAUUUCACGGAAGAAAGAAAAGCCACUAUGAAGGAGGGAAUUAGUUUUGUUUUGAAGAAUUUGAAGACACUUAAGCGCAGGAGACAAUGAGCUUAAGGUGAUGCAGAAAAGGCUAUAUAUGAAUACAUUACAAUAUUGAAUGUGGAGCUGCAACUGAUGAACCCAGAAUUCGGCACAAGAUUUUCACUGCCUUUUGUUCUUUGUCAGCAUUUUGAUGGGAUGUUUUUUAUCUUCUUUUUUGAAUGCCUGAACAAUUGUACUUGUUUCUCUGGGAAAUACCAUUUAAAUAUCUGGUUUUCAGACAUUAUAAUUGCUGCUCUUAUUUGGUUGCUUCUAAAUGAUGUAUGUACAUAUUGAUGCUCAUAGUAUGUAUUUUAUGUUUGUGCUAAUAUGGUACAUGCAUAUAUAAAAUCACACAGGCUUCAAUGCUGAUAUUAAGUAGAUGGU